AUGCCAGCACAUUCAAAAUGUUCAUUACUCGGUUUAUCAAUUCAUAUUUCUAUUACAUCAAUGAAUUAUUAUUUUACAAAUUGGACAAAUCGAAAUGAUAAUCAUUCAUGGAUUGAUCAAGCAUUUUUACCACAUGAUCUUAUUGAACAAAAUCCUAGAAAAGAUCUGUCAAAUCAAAUAUUAGAUACAGGUUUAUAUGGUCAAGUUCGUAAAUUAAAACAACAUAAAAGUACAAAUAAACAAAGCACAAAUACAACAAAACAUGUACCACUUUCGUUAGAAGACAUGAUUGAAAAUAAAAAUUAA